AUGCAAAAGUGGGACGUAAUUGUGGAGCUGUCGGUUUUAUGUAUAGUUUUAAAUAGAAGUCCUUAACAUAAGUUACAAUAAUUAUUGUGUUUUGUGACGAUAAGCGUAUAAUUAAAGCUUAUAUCAUUGGUAUUUAAGAUCGAAUCAUUUUGUUUAGUUUUGAGGAAUUCAGCGAUUAGCGAAUGCAAAACCGAGGAGAAGACACAAUCGUGGUCUGGUUCGAGUGCUUAAGAGAGUGUGAUAGCACUGACACUAGAGACGUUAGAAAUUUAAAUUGCUGUGUGAUACAGUUUGUAGUUGAAUUCCAAAAUAGCAUUAAAAAAUAAUGGAUUUCACUGAGGCAUACUCUGACACGUGCUCUGCUGUUGGCGUUGCUGCACGAGAGGGCGACGUAAAACUAUUAAGAAAGCUUAUUAAAAAAGGCCGCAGCAUAAAUGUUUCUGAUAACAGGGGAUGGAUUCCGAUACACGAAGCUGCAUUUCACGAUUCAUAUAAAUGUCUAAGUGUAUUGAUUGAAACAGCUGAAUCCAGCUCAGUCUUGAGCUCACAAACAUUUGAAGGUAGAACAGCUUUGCACCUCGCCGCUUCACAUGGCAGUCUUAGAAGCACUGAGAUUCUCCUAAAGGCCGGAGCAAACAUCAACGAAGUCACCAACGAAAAGGAAACACCUCUGUUUUUAGCCAUAGAAGGUGGAUACAUAGAUGUGGUGAAGCUGCUGGUGAUGCAGGGUGCCAGUCUAAAUGGAUCACAUUCCUGGUGUGGCUGGAAUUCUUUACACCAAGCUGCUUUUCAGGGAUUUUCUGAUAUUAUGAAGAUAUUGUUGGUAAAUGGAGCUGACCUAGAGUCUCAAGAUGACUUUGGAAUCACACCGUUAUUCGUUGCUGCACAGUAUGGAAAAGCUGAAUGCCUAAGGAUGCUUGUAGAAUACGGGGCCAAUGUUAAUUGUCAGGCCACCGACGAUGCUACUCCUUUGUUUAUCGCUGCUCAGGAAGGUCACCUGGAGUGUGUGGAGCUGCUGUUAUCCAGUGGGGCUGAUCCAAACCUUUACUGCGAUGUACAGGACUGGCAGCUACCUAUCCAUGCUGCUGCACAGAUGGGGAGAACCAACAUACUGAAGCUGCUGAUCCCCCUCACUGAUCGGAUUGGUGAUACAGGAGAAGGGAAAGUGAGCCCUGUGUAUUCCGCAGUGAAUGGAGGUCACAAGGAAUGCUUGACUAUGCUUCUGAGAGAGGGAUACAGCCCCAACGCCCAGGAAUGCUCAAUGUUCAAUUGCUUAUCACCACUUUGUAUUGCUAUUUCCACACCAUGUUCUGACUUGGGUUACAUUCUCCUGAGGUCUGGAGCUCAUGUUUUAGAGAGACAUUAUUGCUCCUGCCUAAAGAAACAGCGCAUGUCCCUCUUCCGAGCUCUGUUGAAACAGGGGUACCCGCUGCCGUCUGGGUACCACAUCAUAAGGAGCGCUUCACAUGUACAGCAUCGGUACAAAGAGUGGCUUCCACAACUUCUGCGAGCUGGAUUCAACCCUCUGCUCUUUCUGUGCAAAACAUGGAUUCGUUCGGUAUGUGAUGAAGUCCUUAAUUUUACUCUGGAGUUCACUAAUUGGAAGAGGCUCCCUCCAGCUGAAGAAAGGCUCCUGUCCAGCCAUGCAGGAAGCUCCACCUGGGUUCGGCACAAACACUUUGAUUCGAUUCCUACAUUGGCUCACCUCUGCAGGCUGGAGAUCAGGUCUCUGUUAAAGAGUGAACGCUUACGCUCAGACCAGUAUGUCCGCCAGCUACCUAUUCCCACUUGCCUGCAAGAAUACCAGUUAUACUCUGAUGUCUUUCAAAAGUAUGGCAUUUCAGAAGAGGAGCCUGACCAACCUAAAAGCGAAUGCUAAGAGCAAACAUGCUUUUAGCUCUGGUGGCGCAGAGGCUAUCGACAGAAGAGCUUUGCGCCGAUACUAAGAAAAUCAACGUUCAAGUUUGUUUAAGGGUGCUUUAAAGCAUCUCUUUUGUUGUGAUUAAAAAAAGUUACAAAAAUGUUUGAAGGCUUAAAAAAAAUAAAAUAUUUACCAAUGCUUAAAUGUUAAAGAGGAGAAACUGCCGUUGUGCAGCUUUUGUUUUAAGAAUGUGUACCAGUGUUCUACCCCUGGGGUUUGUUUUGUUGUUGUUUUGUGUUCUUUAUAAUAAAGUGUCAAGUGUU